UGUGGGAAGGCCUUUGGUGCAGCCUCAAGUCUUAGUGUACAUAGGAGAAUUCACACUGGAGAGAAACUGUAUAUAUGUAAGGAAUGUGGGAAGUCCUUUGCUGUAGUCUCAAAUCUUAGUGUACAUAGGAGAAUUCACACUGGAGAGAAACUGUUUAUAUGUAAGGAAUGUGGGAAGGCCUUUGCUCUAGCCUCAACACUUAGUGACCACAGGAAAAUUCACACGGGAGAGAAACCAUAUAUAUGUAAGACUGGAAAGGCCUUUACUAAAUCCAUAGGCCUCAGUAUACAUAGGAGAAUUCACACUGGAGAGAAACCGUAUAUAUGUAAGGAAUGUGGGAAGGCCUUUGCUCUAGCCUCAACUCUUAGUGAACAUAGGAAAAUUCACACUGGAGAGAAACCGUAUAUAUGUGAGGAAUGUGGGAAAGCCUUUGCUACAACCUCAAAACUUACUGUACAUAGGAGAAUUCACACUGGAGAGAAACCGUAUAUAUGUGAGGAAUGUGGGAAGUCCUUUGCUGAAGCCUCAAGCCUUAGCGUACAUAGGAAAAUUCACACUGGAGAAAAACCGUAUAUAUGUAAGGAAUGUGGGAAGGCCUUUGCUAGAGCCUCAAAACUUACUGUGCAUAGGAGAAUUCACACUGGAGAGAAACCGUAUAUAUGUGAGGAAUGUGGGAAGUCCUUUGCUGAAGCCUCAAGCCUUAGUGUACAUAGGAAAAUUCACACUGGAGAGAAACCGUAUAUAUGUAAGGAAUGUGGGAAGGCCUUUGCUAGAGCCUCAAAACUUACUGUGCAUAGGAGAAUUCACAAUGGAGAGAAACCGUAUAUAUGUAAGGAAUGUGGGAAGUCCUUUGCUGAAGCCUCAAGCCUUAGUGUACAUAGGAAAAUUCACACUGGAGAGAAACCCUAUAUAUGUAAGGAAUGUGGGAAGGCCUUUGCUACAGCCUCAAAACUUACUGUACAUAGAAGAAUUCACACUGGAGAGAAACCGUAUGUAUGUAAGGAAUGUGGGAAGACCUUUGUUGUAGACUCAAGUCUUAGUGUACAUAGGAGAAUUCACACUGGAGAGAAACCGUAUAUAUGUAAGGAAUGUGGAAAGGCCUUUGCUCGAGCCUCAAAACUUACUGCACAUAUGAAAAUUCAUCUCAGAGAGAAACCUCAUCAGUGUCAGACAUGUGGGAAGGGUCAUAAAGAAUCAAGCAAGCAGUUCGUGCUGCUGCAACAGGAGCAGAGUGGUUAG